AAUACAAUUAUAACUUUUUUAUUAUUUAAAGAUUAUUUGAUUAAAAUUUAAUUUAAAUUUAAUUAAAUAUGUCUACAGCUAUCGCAUUGGAGAUGCGGUGACCAAAAAUCUUAUUAAAGUAUCCUCUUCACAUCAACAAGAUCAUGCAAUUUAUAAAAGAAUAAUCAAUGGAGUUCAUAUUCAUCAAAAAGCUAUAGAGUUGGUACUUUUGAGCAAAUUUUAAUAAAAUAAUAGUAUAAUAGUUCCAUUUUAAAAAACAUAAUUAUUAAAUUUUAAAAAUAUUUAAAAAAUUGUAAUAAUAUAAUAAUUAAAUUUUAAAAAGAUUUACGAGAUGUGAUCAAAAAGUUUCGAUUGUCUUCAUUGUCAAAAAAAAUUUUAUUUAUUGCUUAUUAAUAUAUACAUUUAAUCGCUUUGAAAAUAAUGAGGAUUUAUACAUGCCAGUACAAAUAGGAAGUGUGCUAUUUUUCAAAACAUUUUUUAAAAGAAUUUUUUGCGGAAUGCUGUUUACACACAACUAUCUCGUUGUAUUUACUUGUUUUAAUGUCGUCGAAUCUUUUUCUUUUUAGUAAAUUCUUCAAUUGUAGAAAAAUUUAAAAGCUGCAAGGUUCCAAAUCAGUCGAAUACGAUGUUUACUGAUCCAUAGCAAUACUAUGUUUUGUGACACAAAAAUACUCUGCAGGAAACGAAAUGAUAUACUAGAACAUGUUAUCAUGAUACAAAAAACUUAUUUGCUACAUCUUUAUUUCUCCUGUCUUUUGCGACGAACAAUGUCUCUCAAUCCACAAAUUUUUAUUAUAAGAACUAUAAUUUGUUAUUUUUUCUGUAGGAACAUAUUUGUGGUAAAGAAUAUCUUCCAUAUCGAAAAAACCAAUGAGCAUCACCUUGAUGUUAGAGCAAACUUGACGCGUUUUAUUUAAAAUUUAUAUGUUACGCAUAAACACAUACACGGCUUAAGGUAUUUUCUCUGAAAGCAAUUAACAGCUGAGAAUUUUUGUAGCAAUUGAAUUUCAUACAAAAUUUGCUUUUUCUCUUCGAACAUUUUGAGCAAGACUGAAAUGCGACAAAAGCGUAUUACAUUAAUGGCUCCUCGGAGAGCAUCACCUAAUAAUUUUAGGUCGUCCUUUAUACUACGGCUAGUGAUAAUUUCAGGUAAUAUUUAUACAAAAAAUAGAUCUAAAUCCCGAAUGUAAAGAAAAUUAUAGUCAAUCCAACAAUUUUUUAAUCACACCUCGUAUUUUCAACAUAUGUUAUGCUAAUUAACAUAUUUUAAAUAGGUAAUUAAAAUAUUAUAUUUUUCGGUCUGCGUAUUUUACUAACAAAAUUUAUCCUUAAAAAUUUAUUUUUAAUUUAUUUACCAUUACAUUGUACUAUCAGGUUUAUUGCAAAUAACAAGUUACUACUCGAAUAUUACAUGUAAAUAAAUAUUUUAAACUGGAUUUUAGAAACAAAUUUAAAACAAAUAAUUCUGCAUGUAACUUUCUUGACUCAAAUUAAGAUAACUUAAUGAAAAACUUUAUCUUUCUAUUUUUAUAUUUUAACUUUAGGCACCUUAUUUUUAUGCAUGCCUAUCGUCAGUCAUAAUCAUUUACACUAUAUUUAGCACAAUCAUAAAUAUUAUAACUAAAUUAGAUAUAUUAUUUCAUUGUUAAAGGUUUACUGAUUUGAUUGUGUCAAGUUUGAAAGUACCUUGUUUCUUAAUACUCAUUGUAGGAGUUGCUGCGUUAGCUCUUAAUAUAUUUCAGGUGAGUGCCGGUUUCUCUAAAAUUAGAAUGUUAGUUCAUUGGUCGGCAUCAACUUUCGUUUACAGGGAUCUAUUCUAUACUUUUUAUAAUUAUAAUUAUUAUAAAUAUAAAAAAGAUGAAGGAAUAAUUAUUUAAGAAAAGAAAUUCUUUUUUUCGUUGAGACAUACACUGCCAGAUUUUUGUGUCGCGAUAAUUAAUAUCCUCUCUUUACCUCAUGCUUUAGCAAUGACAUGUAUAAGUAAGGCGCUUUGUCUUAUAAACAAUUGUACCGAAAAAAUUUCACAGCAAUUUUAUAGAGGAUAUGAUUCCAUGCAUUGUCGCUUAAUACAGAACUUAACAACAUCGCGGGCCUUGUACGCGUCGUUGUCAAUAAAGAGGGCAAGUGGCAAAGAGAGUAUGAACAUAGAACUCCGAACAUUGCUAUCUGAUGCCAAUCACGAUAUUUUACAUAUAUGUGUAUAUGUAUUGUCAAUCCUUUUCUAUAAUUAAUCAUAAAAUGUUUUUUUAAACUUGCAUAUUAUUACAUAAUAAUACAGGUUUUUAUUGCAUUAUCCACACAUAAUAUGAGUGAAUUGUUUACAACCUUUACCUUUGUUUCCGCACAAGUCUGUUAUAUGUAUUUAGGAAAUUAUGGUGGACAAAUAAUUACGGAUCACUAUGCCGAGAUAUUUAAUGCGACUUAUGAUUCAUACUGGUAUACGGCACCAUUACGUGCACAAAAAUCAUUAUUGUUCGUAAUGCAAAGAACAUCAAGAAACUUUGCUUUCGUUUUUGGAAUAUUUGUAGUCUCGCUAAAAGGUUUUUCUACGCUUGCGAGUAUGGCAGUAUCUUAUUUUACGGUAAUCUAUUCUAUUCUUUCGGGAUAAUAAUUUCAUAAAAGAAAAUUUUUUUCUUUGUAGAGUCAUAUAUAAAUUAUUUUAAUUAUAUUGUUAAAUAGAAAUAUUUAACUUCUGAUUUUUUUUAUGUGAUUUGAUGUUAUUAAUUAUUUUGCACAUAAAGAGUAAUUCUUCUUUCAAUAAAUAUAUUUAUUUUACAUUACUGUUAUUUAUAAUAUUGUAUUAUACUAUGUAUGUAUACAUUGCUAAAACCCAGAUGUUUGUGCACGAUUCUGUGUCGCGUACCGAAAAACCGUACCGAAAAAAA